AAGGCGGGUGCAGUGUUGCUAUGGAGACGGACGGGCCGGGCAGGGCAGUGCAGUCUGUCACUGUCAGACAUCAGAAGGCUCAGCAGUCAGUCAGUGGCUGCAGGAGACGGAGCAGGGAGUCUCUGCUGACCUGAGUGCGGGUGUUACCCGAAAAAAACACAUUGCUAUUUGGAAAAAGAAUCUGAUUUCAUAGACCUGCGUCUUUCGCUCAAGGCAGAGCCUCAAAGCAUUUGAUUUUAAAGGUCAAACUCACCAGACGUCGUCUUCAUGGACAAAUAUGAGAAGAUCGGGAAAAUAGGGGAAGGUUCCUACGGAAUUGUCUUCAAAUGCCGGAAUAGAGACACUGGGCAGAUCGUGGCAAUUAAGAAAUACUUGGAAUCUGAAGAUGAUCCAGUCAUUAAGAAAAUUGCGCUGCGUGAGAUACGUAUGCUUAAGCAAUUAAAGCAUCCUAACCUUGUGAACCUCCUGGAGGUGUUCAGACGGAAGAGGAAGCUACAUUUGGUCUUCGAAUAUUGCGACCACACCGUCCUCCAUGAGCUGGACCGGCAUCCACGGGGAGUACCUGAGCAUAUUGUCAAGAGUAUAACCUGGCAGACGUUACAAGCAGUCAACUUUUGCCACAAGCACAAUUGCAUUCACCGUGAUGUGAAGCCAGAAAACAUCCUCAUUACCAAGCACUCCGUCAUCAAGCUGUGUGAUUUUGGAUUUGCCAGAAUAUUAACCGGGCCCUGUGACUACUACACUGAUUAUGUGGCUACUAGGUGGUACCGCGCCCCAGAACUGCUGGUCGGAGACACACAGUACGGCCCCCCUGUGGAUGUCUGGGCCAUCGGCUGCGUGUUCGCUGAGCUGUUAUCGGGUGUGCCUCUGUGGCCAGGGAAGUCUGAUGUGGAUCAGUUGCACCUGAUACGGAAAAGCUUGGGUGAUCUUAUUCCCCGGCAUCAACAGGUCUUCAGCACAAACCAAUAUUUCAGUGGGGUCAGCAUCCCGGAUCCUGAAAACACGGAGCCCCUGGAACUGAGGUUUUCAUACAUCUCCAGUCAGGCUCUGGGACUUAUGAAGGGCUGCCUCCACAUGGACCCUGCUGAGAGGCCGUCAUGUCAGCAACUGCUCCAGCACCCUUACUUUGAUAGCAUUCGAGAAGAGGAGGAAGCCGCAAAGGACUCUGAACGAGUCAGCAGAAAACAGACUAGACUGCACAGAAAAUACUUCCCAGGGCUGCAGCACCUCCCGCAGCUCACCAGCAGUAAUAUCUUACCAGUACCAGAGAGCAAGAAAUAUUACAACACAAGAAAAUUCAACUAUCGUUUCCCCAACAUAUAAUAAGAGAAAGAGACUAGUUAAAUAUUUAUUGUUCCUGGAACAAAGCGGCAGGAAUUUGUGAGCAGAAAAUGAGAUGCGGCACUUAUUCCGGUAAACAGCGAGCAUGGCCUUUGAAAGUUGUUUAUAGGAUCCGGCCAUUUAAAUGCUAAUAAACCACACUCUUGCUUUAUAUGUACUGAAGCAGAGAACAUCUGUGUUUGUGUUCCAGAGAUGGACAAUUUAAUUACACUUGCACAUUCUCCUGCACAGCAGACAGGUUCCACUAAACCGGCUUUGUGUGUAUCCAUGAUAGAAUUCACAGCUAUUUUACAUUUUAUUUUACAGGUCAUACAUUGCCUCACUUAUAAAUACAUUUACUGGUGAGUACCAGGCCCUAUUGCUUUUCAGCCUCAGGAGGUAAUAUACCAGACCUUGCCCAGCCUGAGCUAUUGUACAACACAGAAUUUGUUAGCAGUAUUCCAGUAGCCUACAAACUGUAGCUGAGCCAUUUUUGUGGGCUGAACUGUCCUGAUUUCGGUGGAACAGUCCCACAUUGUGGGCUCUGUCCCUACUAAGGGGAUGUCUAACAGGCAGCCUAGUGCUAUC